AUGCGAAGUCAAGGAACGGUCGUACGAGGCUCGACGCGGCUUUCGAUCGUCCGGCUAGCAAAGGCAUCCGAAAUCCGACCGGACCCGCACCUCAAGACCGGAACCGCGUCCUACCUUGUGUCGAUCCGCGACAACGCGCGACGCAGUGGAAAGCACACGCAGCACGAUCAUCCAGCCGAUACCGACUCGAGCUGCACGCUCUCCUUCCUGCUCAGCUCAAUUCUGCUGCAUUGCGCUUUCGUGGCCCUUGUCUCCGACACCCAGCAGAUAGCAAAUUCGCGUACGACCGUCGUCCGAGCUCUGGCGAUCUAG